ACAGAAAAAUAUUGUAGAGCUGACGAGGAUACAGUACAAGAUGGCCUGCAAGGUGCCCAAGAUUCCAGUCUGUGUGGCCAUCGUCUGUUGUGGGGUGGCUUUGAUAUUCCAGAUCGUCGCUGUAGUGGGAACCGGGUGGCUGGUCAUUUCGGUAGGAGGCGAUAGUGCAGAGGUUGGACUAUUUCGUUCAUGCACCAACGGUGUGUGUACCACAUACAAGAUGAAUGAUUUAGAAGACUGGUUGAAGGCAUGUCAGGCGUUCUCCAUCCUGGGCCUGUUGGCCAUCGCCGGAAGUCUGGUUCUAGGAAUUCUACAUUUUGUCUUUGAAGACACGGCCAAGGUGUCUGUAGCUGGCAUUGCCUCGUGCGCUGCUUCAGUGGUCUUCCUGAUAAUAGAACUUGCCGUGUUUGGUGCUGAGACAUCUGUCCUUCGUCACGCAUAUAACUUCGGUUACGGAUUCAUCCUCUCUGUUAUCGCAUGUAUUCUCAGCUCUAUCACCGCUGUGCUUUUUGUUGUAGGAUCACGGAUGUAAUCAUACGUUGGCUGUUGUCUGAUGAGAAAAAUAUUUUUUUAAAAUGUUUACAUAGCAGUCACGUAGCCUUGUAUUCGCACUGGGACACAAGCUAACUACAGGCAGUUUCAAAUUUCUGUUAUAUCCUCUGUAGCUUUUAUGUUUUACAUUAAUUUUUUACAGCAUUUUGAUGAGCUCAAAUUGCAUGACAACAAAUUCGUUGAGGGAGUCAAUAUAUGGACCGUGUUGUAGUGUCAUAUAUAUAUAUUAGUGUUUGGCUGCUAGGUAAGAAGGGUUACCAUGUGUGGUAGACUGUGAAAUUAUCAUAAUGUAAUGUCUUCAAAAGACAUGAAAGAUAUUCUCAUCAUUUUUAUUUUCACAUUUUUCUGUGUAUUUAAUGCUUGCUUAUACAAUACAUGUCAUGUACAACAUUUUGCCAUGGGAAUUUGUUUUUGCAAAUAUUUCAUUAAAAAUUUUUACUUUUGCUUUGUACUGUUUAUUUUGUAAAUAUUUCAUUACAACAUUAUAGUUUUGAUUUAUA